AUGGCGGCCGAAGAUAUCGCCCGUUCACGAAAAGACCUUGAAGUGCUGUUGAAACAGAUCUGCGACACGAAAAAUAUCAAACAAGGCAAUAAUGACAACGGUGAAUACGCAGAGCAAAUGGAUAAUAGAAUGGCAUUGUUCAAAAAAGUUAUCAAUUUUGCACUGAACAUGCAAGAAUCAGAUCAAAGUUAUGCUAUCCGUGUCUUUACAUUCGAUUUUCUCGAAACCAUGGUUCCGAGAUUGGAAAACGCUCGAUACUCGGACCAGGAUUUCUGUGAAGAACUUAACGAUGUUGAGUUGAAGCUUCGUCAGCUGAUCUCUACCUGGAAACCAGAAGCACUCGAAGCUGACAUCAUUCAGGAGAUGCGCUGA